AUGUCUGUAACUUACAUGAUGCUGCAAAGGCAUUGCCUUGUAAGAGCUUUAGUUGCACUCACCUGCUUGUUUUGUACAGUUAGUGCUACUCCUGUUCUGCAUCCAAAUGAAGUGGAAGCACUUAAGGAUAUUACAAAGACACUUGGCGUCAAGUACUUAGACCUAAGUGAAGAUCCUUGUCUUACAAAGACCUUAGUGAUAACCAAAAGUGUUCUCAUGGAAGGUCAAAACAGCACAGUCAGAUGUAACUGUAGUUUUAACAACAACAGAACUUGUCACAUCACUCACUUUAUCCUCAAGACAUUUAGCCUACCAGGAAAACUCCCACCUGACUUUGUCAAGCUCCAGCAUCUUGAAUUACUUGACCUCUGCCGUAAUUACCUCUCUGGAUCAAUCCCUAUAGAAUGGGCUUCUUUACAGAGACUCAAGUACAUAUCCCUUUGCGCAAACCGAUUAUCUGGAGACAUUCCUAGAGGAUUAGGGAAGUUUCCAAAUCUCAAUUUCUUAGGCAUUGAAGCAAACCAGUUCUCUGGAACUAUUCCUGAGGAGCUAGGAAACUUGGUUAGCAUAGAAGUAUUAGCCUUCUCUUCUAAUCAACUUGUUGGAAGCAUCCCAGCCACAUUAGCCAACUUAACAAACCUCAAGGACUUCCGUGUAAGCGAUAAUCACUUAAAUGGAUCCAUCCCAAAGUUUAUAGGAAACUGGCCACAACUUCGGAGACUAGAACUGUGUGCAAGUGGCCUUAAAGGACCUGUUCCUGAUUCCAUAUCCCGUUUACAGAAUUUGAAUGACCUAAGGAUCAGUGACAUAACUGGAGGAUUUGGCCUUGUUCCACAAAUAUCUAGCAAGAAUCUGCAGUUUCUGGUUUUAAGGAACUUGAACUUAUCAGGUCCAAUCCCAUUAAACAUCUGGGAACUUCCAAGUCUCAUGACUCUUGAUCUAUCGUUUAAUAGGCUAUCUGGAGAGAUACCAACAGAUACAAGCGCACCAAAAUACACAUAUUUAACUGGGAACAUGUUGUCUGGAGAUAUUGAAGCAGGAGUUUUCCUCACUGCAAGCACCAAUAUUGAUCUUUCUUACAAUAACUUCACAUGGUCUUCAAACUGCAAAGAGAGAAAGAAUGUGAACACAUACAAGAGCUCAUUUUCAAGAAACAAAACUAGACUUCUUCCUUGUUCUGGACCAAACUAUUGCUACAACUAUACCAAUUCGUUGCACAUAAACUGCGGUGGAGAGGAUGUGAUUAUAAAGAACUCACGUGGAAGUAUAACGUACCAAGGAGACAACUAUGCACAAACCGGUUCUGCAACUAACUAUCACAGUAACAACUGGGGGUUCAGCAACACAGGUGACUUUAUGGAUGAUGCAAUAACAGAAGACACUUAUACAGUCUCAUCAGAGUCUCUAGUAUCAGCUAAACACCCUGAGCUUUAUCAGACAGCACGCCGUUCUCCACUGAGUCUAUCUUACUAUGCCUUUUGCAUUGAGAACGGAAGCUAUAACGUGAAACUACAUUUCGCUGAGAUUCAGUUCUCAGACAAAGAACCUUACAGUGAACUUGCAAAACGGUUUUUUAACAUUUAUGUUCAGGGGAAGUUGAUUUGGGAGGAUUUUAACAUUAGGGAAGAGGCUAAUGGAACUCACAAGGAGGUUAUUAAACAAGUGAAGACAAUGGUGACAGAUAACUCGUUAGAGAUAAGAUUGUAUUGGGGUGGAAAAGGAACUACUAUCAUUCCACGUAGAGGGAACUAUGGUUCUCUUAUCUCUGCAAUCUCAGUUUGUCCCAGUGCUUUCACUUUGAGGCAACUUAGAGCAGCCACAAACAACUUUGACCAAGCUAACAAGAUUGGAGAAGGUGGCUUUGGAUCUGUGUUCAAGGGAAAGCUAUCAGAUGGAACACUAGUUGCUGUAAAACAGCUUUCUUCAAGAUCAGUACAAGGAAACAGAGAGUUUGUGAAUGAGAUUGGCAUGAUUGCUUGCUUGCAGCAUCCAAAUCUUGUUAAACUUUAUGGAUGCUGUGCUGAGAAAGACCAUCUCCUUCUCGUUUAUGAAUACAUGGAAAACAAUUGUCUCUCUGGUGCAUUGUUUGGAAAGAGUAGUCAGAUCCUUGAUUGGGAAACAAGGCAGAAGAUAUGCAUAGGAAUAGCAAAAGGACUUACGUUUCUUCACGAAGAAUCAAUGGUUAAGAUCAUUCACAGAGACAUCAAAGGAACCAAUGUACUGUUAGAUAAGGACCUUAACGCUAAGAUAUCGGAUUUCGGGUUGGCUAGACUUCACGAAGAUGAGAAGAGUCACAUUAGCACCAGAGUUGCAGGAACAAUAGGAUAUAUGGCUCCUGAAUACGCAAUGAGAGGUUACCUAACAGAGAAGGCUGAUGUGUAUAGCUUUGGCAUUGUGGUAAUGGAGAUUGUCAGCGGGAAGAGCAAUGCUAAUUACACACCUGAAUAUGAAUCUUGUGUUGGACUUAUCGAUUGGGCUUUCUUGCUGCACAAGAAAAGAGAUUUUGAAGCGAUUAUAGAUCCAGAGCUAGAGGGGAAGUUAGAUGUAGCUGAGGCAGAGAGAAUGAUCAAAGUUGGGCUUCUUUGCACAAACAUGUCUCCGACACUAAGACCAAAUAUGUCGGAAGUUGUGAAGAUGCUCCUAGGAGAGACUGAGAUAAAACAGAGCAUCUCUGACCCUAGUGUGUACGGAGAUGACUUGCACUUCAAGCCAACAUCAGAGACAGGGAUGCCACAGUUUCCUUCAGAUUAUGCCAUCUCUGUUACAUCGUCUUCUCCAUCUUCUUACGAUUUGUAGCCAUUUUGUAUUUAUUGUUGCC